UUAAGUAUAUCCGGGUCAGAUGUACUCCGGAAGCAACACAUGAGCAAAAUGGCUGCAAACUUGAAUUAGCCAACUGAUGAAAGUCCCAAUGGAAUCUGGAGAUGCUACUACAUUCUUAAUUCAUCAUACUAAAGGCCCAGCAAGAAGUGAAGUUAUCUACAGUACUGUACCGAACACCGAAUACUACUGUACCUCUAUUAUUACAUUCAGAUAAACUACUGUACCCCAGCGUUACAAAACAGCGCGAGCACUUCAUGCACAGACUAUGUAAAUUGAUAAUUGACGAGUGACCUGUCGGAAGGACUGGAGAACGUUAACCAAUUGAAAAGGGAAACAUGGAUGGAAAUGUGGAGUUUAGCAACCCAAACAAUACUGUACUUGUAACGAAGAUGAAUGCAAGCAUGGAAAAUGGUAUGGGAAGGACCUCUGAGAAUAAUGCUCAAUUCGAGGUGUUGGCACCAUCCGAUUGCCAUGAUAUUAUUGCAAAACCUUCUGCUCAAGCAGUCCUCAAGGUAUCAGACAGAGAGCCUGGGAGAGCUGUUGAAGAAGUUAAUGUGGACUGGUUUGAGCCUCUGGAGGAAGACAAUGAUGAGCCUGAUGCACCAAGUUGGGACCUCUCCGUGUUUGGCAGAAGACAGGGAGAGGAGGAAAGUCUGGCUGGAGAAAGUGAGAGGAGCGGCAGUGAAUGGAACUUCAAAAGAACCCGCUCCAUAUAUCGGAGGAAAAGAGUGAAGCCAGAUGAGGGAUGGGAAGACUGGCCUAUACUUGGAGACGGGUGGAAGCGGAAAACAGUUAUUCGUCGCUCCGGUUCCAGUAUGGGCCAGAUGGAUGUUUAUUAUUUGAGUCCGCAGAAUGAGCGUGUGAGAAGCAGAGUUGAACUGGGUAAAGUCUUGGAUAUAGACUUGUCGAUGUUUGAAUACAAAUUAGGAACAUUUUCGAACUGCCAACCAGCGCGUUUAAGAAGGAAGAAAAUGCGGAAGGACAGAUCUCCAUCCUCUGAGUCCAUCAGUCCCAUCUCUAACCACAGACUGACACCAGGGCCAACCUCCAGAGUUAGCCUGUCCCCUCUGAGUCGCAGUGCCCUGGGAAUUCCAGACAAAGACCCCAUGUCCUUUCAGGCUCCUUUGAGUCCAGCCUCUGGAGAAAGUAUACAGAGCAGUGCAACCAAGCUGCCCUGGAGUCCUACAUCAAGACCAACUUCCUCCCUCAAUGGCCUGGAGGCUUCAAAUAUCUGUUUUCGCAUAUGUACCAAGUGUGGUAAUCCGUACACAGUAACAGAGUCCGAAAGACAAGGGAAAAAAUCAUGUUGUCUCAGAUGCAAGGUCAAGAAGCCAGUCGACAAUCGCAAUAUUGUCUUCAGAAAGUGGAUCCCUUGUGGUCAGUGUGUGGCUUGCCUUACCACAGUGGAUUGUGGGAUGUGUGCCAGCUGCAAGCAAGGAAUGCUUUUCCCUGACUCAAGAAAACCUGUCCGUUGUCGGAAACGCAAAUGUAUAUGGCCUAUCCAUAAGAGCUCCAGUUAUCAAACUAGUGAUCCUGAGGACUUUUCCGUGGAAGUGGAUGUUGAUGGUGAGGAGGAUGAUUUUUGCGAGGAUGAUGAGGAUUACGACGAUGAUGAUGACGAUGAUGAGGAAGGGGUCAAGAAACGUAAGCGGCGUGCUUGCGGGCAGUGUCAGGCUUGUCUCAGCAGGAAGGACUGUGGUACAUGUGAUUUCUGUGUAGACAAGCCCAAGUUUGGAGGUAGCAAUAAGAAGAGACAGAAGUGUCGCUUGCGUCAGUGCCAGAGGCAGGCAAUGAGACACUUGUUGCCCUUUCAGUUGGGUCUGGGUGAAUUUGGGGCCAUUGAAGGGACGGGUAAGAUUGGCAGGCCAAGACAUUACAAUAAGUACAGCCGCAAGAAGGAGCAAAGGAAGCGAAAACCAGCAAUUGACCCAGAGAUGACUAAUGAUGUGAAGAAGGAUUGUUCGUUGGACACAGCAUAUGGCUUUGAGCAUACUAAAAGAAGAAAAAACAUUUAUGGAAUGAACCGCCAACCAUCUUUGCAGGUUGACCAUGACUAUGUGGACACUGCCAAAAGACAUAGUUUUGGUGGCUAUGCCCUCAGCAACCAAUGCCUUGUACCAGAAGCAAACACACAGGAAAGAUAUGCCAAUGCACCCAUACCUGCCCAAAGUUUACUAAGUAGCUGUAGGGGAGCAAUGCAGAAGAUGGAUAAAGAUGUAGUCGUGCACUCAAAAGAGCCAGAAGACGAGGAGGAGGACGAGGUCACACCUAUGAUAACUCAGAUCUUCAGUUUGGCUGAAACCUCAUCCUUGUGUGGGAGCAAUAUGGAUCACGAGCUGCUGAAACUGCUGGAGGCCACUCGCAAGGCAGCACUGCCUAUCCUCUGGUAUGCAAUUAUGAUGGAGGGCCCACAGCUGCAACUUGUCCAGUGCAGCAAGAUGUCCACCAUGACUGACACUGUUGUGCAGAUCAACCCAGGCUUCUGCUAUCAGGUGGCUGUGCAGGGCCAGCCUCUGCUCCUCACUCACCCGCUCUAUGAGGGUCACCCACCCCGCAUGACCUCUGUGACCCUGGUAGUGAACCUGCUCUUGGAUCUUGAGAGGUACAGGGUAUGCCAGGGGGUCCCUGACCCAGAGCCAUCUUCAAAAACUGAACCAUUUAUUUGUGAGCGAGCAUCCACUUGUGACUUUCUGAUUCUUAAAGAUGAGGAAUGUUGUAAGAAAUGUAGUGCUUUAACCUGUUUGUAGUGGAGAAUUGGUACUGCAGUAUAAUGUGUCAAUGUAAGGAUUUUGAGGAAUGUUCAUCACCUUCCCUCAGUAUGGAGUCUACAAGGGAUGUUUGAUAGUGCCCCAAUAACCACACCAGAAGUACUUAUUUUGAGUGAAUGAGUGAGAAAACGUUCUUUGUUUUCUUGGUUAAGGGGCUUUUUCAAUUGUUUGUAAAUAUAUUUCUAAUUAUACACAAUUAAAAUUUCAUUUUGAAAAAGAAUGGUCAUUUUCAUAACAGAGUUUAAAUACAUUAUGAAUGAAAAAAUAAAUGUUUUUUUUGUUGCUGU